UCACUCGUUCGUCGCCCGCCCGCGUUGCGUAACGCAGGCAUUCCUCGUGGGGGACGAUGAGGGGCCUUUGCGAUCGUUUCGUUCCGGAAAUCCGUCCUUGGUCGUAACACUCGGAAUCCGAUCGUUGCUCGGGGAGGGGGAAGAAGAAGCGGCGCGCGAGAAAAAACUCGUGCAAUUUUCGUCGUCGUCGAGGAGGAGGCGUCGGAAACUCUGCGAGUGAAUCAUGUUCCGAUUCGGACUCGCUGCCGCAAGGAAUCGAAGGCUCUUUCCUUUACGGAGCUCUGACUCGUCGCUCUGCUCGCUGCGACUGGCUUCGACUCUGGUCGUGGGUGAGCAUGAGGAGGGAGUGCUAAAAGCCUCAACGCUCAGUGCAGUGGCUGCAGCCAGUGCUCUCGGUGAUGUUUCUGUGUUGGUGGGAGGGUUCGGCCCCUCUGUACACAAAGCAGCCACUCAAGCAGCCAGUGCUCACUCUGCUAUAUCACAGGUGUUGGUCGUUGACUGGGAGAAGGUGAAGCAUGAAUUGGCUGAACCGUGGGCGGAGCUUUUGCUUAUGGCCCAAGAGAAGGGAAAGUACUCGCAUGUCCUAGCUGCAUCCUCUUCCUUUGGCAAGAAUAUCGUGCCCCGUGCCGCAGCUCUUCUCGAUCAGACGGUCGUUUCCGAUGUCAUCAAAUUUGUGGACGAGCAUACUUUCGUCAGACCUGUUUAUGCAGGAAAUGCUUUGUCCACGGUUAAGUAUACGGGUUCUGGACCCUGCUUUAUGACGAUUCGUCCUACUGCAUUCCCAGCGGGUCAAGCUUCCGCAGGAACUCCAGCUCCUAUUGCCACUCUUGACACUGGAACAAUCAAGUCAGAAGCAAUCGGACGAUCAGAAUGGGUGGGACAGCACGUUCAACGAAGCGAACGGCCAGAGCUUGGAAGUGCGCGUGUGGUUGUUUCUGGGGGCAGAGCACUUAAGAGUGCUGAAAAUUUCAAGUUGCUAGAAACUCUUGCUGACAAGCUUGGAGGUGCCGUUGGAGCAUCCAGGGCAGCAGUAGAUGCAGGAUUUGUACCAAACGAUAUGCAGGUGGGUCAAACGGGAAAGAUUGUUGCACCAGAUUUGUACAUUGCUGUUGGAAUAUCUGGUGCCAUUCAACAUUUAGCGGGUAUGAAAGACUCGAAGGUCAUUGUUGCUAUCAACAAGGAUGCCGACUGUCCUAUUUUUCAGGUUGCAGAUUAUGGGCUGGCAGCAGAUCUUUUCCAGGCAGUUCCUGAACUGAUUGAGAAACUACCAGAUAAGCGACAAGUCAGCGCCUAGUCUGAGCAAAGUUUCAACCUUAAGAUGAGAGGAAACAAUGAUGAGGCCUUCUUGUACACCUAGUUCUGAGCUGCUAGAAAGUUAUUUCGUGCAUGGAAAAGGUCGUUGGCCAGUUUACAGCGAAAUGUGUUGGUGUCGCGGUCUUCUAACUAAGCUUGAUCCAUAGACAGAAAUGUUAAUAUAUUCAACCCGCUUCUUGAAGGGAAAAUUAAGGAAAACUGUAUCUCUGUGAUCGAUUAGCCAGGUUACUUAGUCUCCGAAUUCAAGUAUUCAACGACACAUUGACCAACAAGAUUUAUUUUACCAUCACUUCAGGUCCGGCGAUGUACAUAAUUUUAGAAAUAAAAUCCGCAAGGUCAGUCAUCUGCAAUAGGAUUGGCUGAGAUUUCCAAGGCGGAGAUCGGGGCCAUCUUACAAUACUUGGUAAAGCUGAAUAAAGUAAGAAAGAAACCUUUUGCGUACAAUUUGGAUGUAUGCACAACGACCCUACAUGGCGUUCUGAAUAGGGAUCUACGAUGGUCUUAUUGGCACUGAAACCGUGAAUCUCAGCUCAUAAUCUUUUAGAUAUAGGGAGGCUCCAAAAUUGAAAGAGAGUGCGGUUGAGCCCCCGCCGCACCUAGCAACCAUUGCUAAGGUAUCUCCGCCGACAGGUAGACUAUCAGGUCCAGCAAUAUUGAGCUGAAAGAACUCUCUUCUUUUAGAAAGAAGAAAGAGGAGGCAACAGUUCAUGAUUAUGAGUUUAAGGACAGGGAGAGGGAGUAAGAGCAGGCCUCAUAAGUUUGUUCAUUUUCUGGAAAUACCCU